AUGGCAGCCCUUGACGAUAUUCCGUGGAUAGAUUCCAUGGCACCCUCAACGAACGCCCAGGAUCUUGGCCAGUCGGAUUCCCAACCGCCGACCGUCGCAGCUUUCUCUCCAUCGACGAUUACCGGCUCGGCCUUGACCUCGCGCCAACGAUCCAGUGUCAUCGUGCAUCGAAAAUCGCCUUUGUUGGUGGCUACACCACCCGCUAUCACGCGAGCCCUAGCCUACUCGCACCCGUUCCUUCUCCCCCUGAACAAACUCGCUGGUCUCCUAUCAUGGACCUCAGGAGACCCAUGGCAGAGCUUUCUGCUGGUGGCUUCAUUCUGGAUGAUCGUGUUAUAUAGCGAUGUUGUCAUUCUGUGGGCAGGACCGAUCCUGGUCGUGGUCGCCUUGAUCCUCGGCAUGUACGGGCGACGUUACUCGCCUCUAUCAUCGACAGCAUCGACGGGCGAAAAACACAAAAGAAAGCUUGCUCAGGAUAGCUCACUGCGUCAUCAGAAGAGUCUUGAUGAGAUUGUUGAUACCCUCCGCAUCUUCACAACAAGAUGCAAUAUCCUCCUUGAGCCCUUACUCGACCUCACCGAUUUCCUCUCUACCCAGCGCACGCCCACAUCCGCGACUACCAGACCUGCGCUGACGGCUCUAUUCAUCCGUAUCCUCUUGGUCACUCCUGUUUGGAUCCUUCUAACUCUACCCCCGUUCUAUCUGCUCACCACGCGCCGCGUCGUCAUGGCCGUCGGCACUAUCCUUCUGACAUACCAUUCCCGGCCUGCCAGGGUCUCCCGAUCCAUUUUGUGGCGGUCUCGAGGAGUGCGUCGGCUCUGUGCCGCCGCGACGGGCCUCUCGUUCGGGGGUAUUUCGGACCAACAACAGAAGGCCCAGGCUCAGGUCCAAGCCAAGGGUCAAAGUCAAGGCCUGAACAUUUCGACUCGGCGCCGCGGAACGAACGCGGGUGUGCGGUUUACUUUCGUGGUGUAUGAGAAUCAGCGACGCUGGUUGGGCAUUGGGUGGACAUACUCGCUGUUCCCGACUGAACGUGCUCCCUGGACAGACGAGCAUAUGAAUCCCGUGUCGGCCAAGGAUUCCUUCGAACUACCAGAGGUCCAAACGGGAGAUGCCAAAUGGCGUUGGGUGGAGGGCAGCGAGUGGCGCAUCGAAGGAGCGGACAACUUUAACGGAAAGUCCGACUCGAAGGGGUCAACCGGCGAGGGAUGGAUUUACUAUGAUAAUAAGUGGAAUGACGGACGCCGCGGUCAAGACGGCUGGGAUCGCUAUACCCGCCGACGCAAGUGGUACCGCGACGCUGAGUUAGCAGAGGUCUCGCCAGCAGGCACCGAUGAAGAAAACAUGUCUGGACUUGCCAGAGCCCUGUCGAGGGAAAAAGAGUCCGGUAACGCCGAUGCACAGAGCAUCGCCGCGUCUACCAAUUCAUCCCAUCGUCGCCGCUGGUUCAGCGGUAGCAAGGGCCCAGGAAAAGAGCAGGCUACCGAUGACGUUGACAGUGGGCGUGCCACGGGCUCAAGUGCAGGCGCCUCACAGCCUAUCAGCAUCAACAAUCCCCGCCAACAUCACCAUGCCCGCGAAGGAAGUGUGGCGACUAGUGACAGUGCCAGCCUGCGCGACAAGGACAUUGCCAACUCGCAGGACCAUCUUGACCGAUGGUCGACUAGGGCUGCUGGUGGGACGGAGAGGGCAGAAAGGGAAUGGGGACUCAGCGAUGAAGUGAAUAUGGGGCUGAGUUGA